GAAGUCCCGGAAAAGGCGGAGCCUUGAGGAGGGAGGCACUUAUACAGAUCUCUAUUCGGGGUUGAGAAACCCCGGAUUGGGAACCACUAGGGGCAGGGCUUAACGAGAUGGGCGUGGCUGUCGAGCUCUAGACUCCAAGCCUUGUUCCCUGAGCUCUCUCCUCGGAUGUCCGACCGCCCAGAGCCUGCAUGCGCCGUGGGGCGCCCCAGGACUUGGAGCUGGUGGGUCCGGGGGCCCCUGGGCGGGGGUCCCGGGGCGCCCCUCCUCCCUCGGGACCUGUAGUCCCGGUCCUCGUCUUUCCCCCGGAUCUGGUAUUCAGGGCGGACCAAAGGAGUGGACCCCGGCAGCUGCUGACCCUCUAUAACCCCACAGGAACUGCGCUUCGCUUCCGAGUUCUGUGCACAGCACCUGCCAAAUACACGGUGUUUGACGCUGAAGGAUAUGUAAAACCCCAGUCCUGUAUUGACAUUGUGAUUCGCCACGUGGCCCCCAUUCCCAGUCAUUAUGAUGUCCAGGACCGCUUCCGCAUUGAGCUGUCAGAGGAGGGGGCCGAGGGCCGAGUGGUGGGGCGCAAGGACAUCACCUCAGUUCUGCGGGCCCCAGCGUACCCCCUUGAGCUUCAGGGACAGCCCGAGCCAACACCCCAGCCAGGGCCUCCUGCUUGGACAACACCACCCUCGGCCAGACACUUCCAGGAGAGUCCCCAUCAGCAGCUGGCCACCAGCUCCUUCGUCCUCUUUUUGCUGACUGGCAUCAUCUCUGUGGCCUUCUUGCUGCUUCCACUUCAGGACGAAUCCGGCAGCCAGCUGCCUCAGGUCCUGCAUGUUUCCCUGGGACAAAAGUUGGUGGCAGCUUAUGUCUUAGGCCUCCUCACCAUGGUGUUUCUCCGGCCCUGAGCACCCUGCUCAACCCAAUGCCACCCUCUCCUUCCAGGCAGGGUCCCCGAGGCAGCCACUGUGAUGCUCAUAACCUUACCUCAACUGUCUUCUCCUCCUCCGUGCCCAACCCUUAACAUUCCCGCCCCCGCCAAAAUACCCAGAGAUUUGUAUUCAUUUUCCAAUUUGAAUAAAAUAAACUUUUUAAAUGAAAAUGAGAAA